GACGCUUUGCUGCGCGGGAUACCUCCUCUUUGUGUUUCUGGUUCCCAUACCAAUCUCGAGGAUGCAGAAUCUGCUCUGGCGACGCCAGAUGAGAGCCCGUGGCGAGCGGCUCAAGAUGACCUCGGACCUUCUAUCGUCGGUGCGCCUCGUGAAAAUGUAUGCCUGGGAAGGCGCCUACCAGGAAAGCUUGCGCGCCAGAGACGUGGAGAUGAAGCCGCUCUUCUGGGUCAACGUGCUGGACGGUCUCAUUGACUCCAUAUACAGUGCCUCAAGCUCUGUGUUGAUCAUCAUAUUGUUCGCAACCUUGGUUGUUUUCAACCCAAGACAAGUCCUCACAUCGGCUGCCACGUUCAGUUGUGUGUACAUCGUUUUUUUAACGGAUGUCACCAUGACGCAAAUGGCGUGCGCCCUGCGAUGCAGGAGUCAGGUAUCUUUGGCGGUGAGGCGGAUUGUUGAAUUCUGCACCGAAGAAGAGAAAGAGGAGCCGAAGGUCAACUUUGAAGACAAUGCUGAAAAACGAGACGGAGAGGUGAUUCUUUCCAACAGCUCUUUUACGUGGAGCAAGAACACGUCCGACGAGACCGGCGCCGGCCUCGAUAAUGUCAACCUCCACGUGAAGCCCGGCUCCCUGGUGGGCGUGGUAGGGUUCGUGGGCAGCGGCAAGUCUUCUCUGCUCUCCGCUAUCCUCGGAGACAUGCACCUGUUGGAGGGCACCGUCAAGUGCACCGGCCGCGUAGCCUAUGUCCCGCAAAUCGCCAAUGUCCACAACAUGAGUGUGCAGUCCAACAUCCUUUACGGAAAGCCCAUGCAUGACGAGGACUAUGCCCGCGUGCUUGGCGCUUGCCAACUUCACGAGGACAUAAACACAUUUCGAGCCGGGGAUCUAACCGAAGUGGGAGAGAAGGGUGAGACUUUGAGCGGCGGACAGAAGCAGAGAAUCAGUUUGGCGCGGGCCGUCUAUAGCCAAUCAGACAUUUACCUUCUUGACGACCCUCUCAGUGCUCUGGACGCAGUCGUUUCAAAAAAAGUAUUCAACGAGGUGAUCGGCAAAGACGGCAUCCUCAAAGGAAAGACGCGCAUCAUGGCGUGCAACCAGGGAUCGUUCCUGGAUCAGAUGGACACGCUGGUGUUGGUUCACGACAGACGCGUCGUCGUUCACGACUCUCUCGAGGAUCUGCUGAAUGAUCCAGGAGCGCCGGAAACACUUCGUCAGGGGGCCCACAUCUCGAAGGCCGCUGAAAAUAACAACAACGUGUACCGCGGCCGCGACACUGAGCUGAGCGGAGAGGCUAUGAAUGGACGAGUGACUGUUGACGAAGACACCGAAUCUACCAAGGGUGCCUGGCAGCUGUUGUGUUCCCUGUCAAAACUGGCCGGACCUUGCCUUCUUAUCGGUUUGCUCGCCUUCGUGGCAAGCGCGGUGGCUCUCGGAUGGCAACUCAACUGGAUGAAAACGUGGACCAGCGCGGCAAGUGGCAUCGCAUCAACCGACCCUUUAGGGGCGACUUGGAUGUGGGUUCUCCUCGCAUUGUGUGUCUCCGACGUUGUGUGUAGGAUCCUAGGAAGCUUCCUCUUGGCCGUGGCAAUGCGGUGUCUUUCACGCUCUCUGCACCGAGAAAUGCUGGGACACAUCCUGUCGAGUCCCGUGCCUUUCUUCGAAUCUACGCCGAGGGGUCGCAUCGUGAACCGGUUUUCGGUGGACCUGGAUUACAUGGACACCAGGCUGUACCUGAACGCAAAGCAGUUCAUCCAGGUCGGCUUAAUCGCCAUCGCGAGGCUUGCCAUCAUCGGCACCGAGUCACCGUUCGUGUUGGCUGUCGGCGUCGUGUGUACUAUUUUCGUCGUCGCCGUCACUCGGCUGGCGCUCAGAGGUUCUCAAGCUCCAAAAUUCCUCGAGGCCAUCCACACGUCCCGCAUGCUGUCCCAUCUGACCGAGACCAUGGAUGCACUGAGCAGCAUACGGGCUUACGGCGUCCUGGACCGCUUCUGUGCCCACUUCUGCCGUCUGGUGGACACCAACUCGCGGGCCUACUGGGCCUUCUGUAUGUACUACCGCGUCGUUCGAGUAGGCAGUUGCCUCUGCGGCUUCAUCGUCAUCCUGGCCACGAUGCUCUUCACGGUUUUGCUCCCGCCCUGGGGCGUGCAUCCGGACUCGAGCAGCGUGGGACUCACUCUGAGUGCUGCGUCUUCGAUUCUCCAAACAAUGGUUGCCACGUGUGCGUCAAUGUUCGCAUCCCUUCAAGCUGUGGUGUCCUUCGAGCGUUGCGUCGAGUACACCGAACUUCCCCAAGAAAGUGAAGUGGAACCCGGAGUGGAAGCGUAUGAUGACCUUGACCCGGAACACUCGAAGCUGUCGGAAUGGCCACCGGAAGGCAAGGUGGAAUUUGUCUCCUACGCGGCGUCGUACAAACCCGGAUUUCUGCCCGACGUGCUCAAGGGCAUCACCUUCACGGUGAACCCUACUGAAAAGGUAGGCGUGGUUGGUCGGACGGGGGCUGGAAAAUCCUCCCUGGUGAUGGCUCUUCUCCGCGUCUUGAAGAGCUCUCGAGGCUGCAUCCGAAUUGAUGGCCGGGACAUUGCUCGAAUUCCUCUGCAGAAACUUCGCUCGGGCAUCACCAUAAUCCCCCAGGAUCCACAACUGGUUCGAGGAACUCUGCGAGAAAACCUCGAUCCCACAAGGUCCCACACGGACGAGGAGAUCUGGGCAGCCCUGGAGCAAGCUCACCUCAAAGAUGUCGUGGCGAAGGAUCCGAAACAACUGCUUUUAGACACUGGAGAUGGGGGUUCCAGCUUCAGUGUGGGUCAACGUCAGCUGGUAUGCCUCGUCCGGGCUCUGCUGCGGAAGCCCAGGCUGCUUGUCCUGGACGAGGCCACGUCACAGAUGGACGGUGACACAGAUCAGCUGAUCCAGGCUACGCUUCGGGAGGCAUUCGGCCAGUGCACGCAGAUCACCAUAGCGCACCGGUUACACACCGUGCUCGAUCACGACAAGAUUCUCGUGAUGAGUGACGGCUGCGUUCUGGAAUAUGGGACGGUUGCAAACUUGCUCUCCAAUCCAUCCUCGGUGUUUCGAAACAUGGCCAGAGACGCAUUAAUCCAAACAGACUCGGAGAAGCCAACGAAGCUUUUGGCGGCUUCCCGUGGGUAGUACCAGCACCGACGCUACGUCAUCGCCCAAAGUUGAUUGGAUCUCUUUCCAGUCGC